AUGGCCAAACACACUCCACAAAAUCUCAUGCGCACGUUCAAAGAUAGAAGCAUCGGUAUUUGUCGCAAAGCAGCAAAGCUCCAUGCAAUCGACAGUAGCAUCCGGAUAUCCGUUGUUAUCGAGAAACCAGGCCAGCAACCAGUUGUAUUCUCCUCGGAGGAACAAGGCUUUCAAUGGCCGAGUUGGAUUGAACAAUAUGUAGAUACCGAGGCACCGAUUGUGAAGCGACCGUCUCACUUCGUAUCUUUAAAUGAGGGUAUUUCGAGAGGUCGGGUGAAGGUAGCCAAUCAGUCUUCUUCACUUCCCCCAUUGCCGCAAUCGCAAACGCCCGAAUCAGCACAUACUUUAGAGGGAAAGGAUGGCGGGGAUGAUUCGGAUGAAAUAGGUUUAUGGAAUGUCCGGGGAAAUCCUACACCGCAUGCUAGUCUCAGUCGAAAUUUAAGCCCCCUUCCACCCCGGACAGAUAUCGUGUUGCCAUCAAAGAGACGUCGAAUAGAAAGCAAUGACGGCAGUAUGUAA